UCCCGCUGUCGGCACCCACAUCGCGAGCGAUUCAACCUGUCAUCAUCAUCAUCGGCAUUAUUGCCAUGUCUGUUCCUGGGCAACGACUAAAAGCCGACAAAUGAUGAGUGCACGGUGCCUCAUCAGUGUUAAUGAAUGUUAUUCAUGAUGGUGUCCCCUUGUUCCAGUUUUUAUACUGAUAAACUAUCUUUCAUUUGAAAAGUUCUUGGCCUCGCGGUCCUUUGCAAGGAAACACAAGAGUACCAGCAAGACUUUGCUGGGGUUCUCAUCCCUCAUAGGCGAACGAUUCAAAUCAAGAAGAAAUGUUGUUGUUUAGCUAAAACGUCCAGCUACUGUUCCAUUCAGGCCAAUGAAAUAUGGUGACAUGCAUUAACACAGCAAAAAUUCUAAAUGAGAAGAAGAAUUUUCUGCCCUGCGGCAGGAUCGAUAUACACGACAGCCGAAUACGACCGGCCGAGUACAGAAAGACCAGCGAAAAUCGUUAGCUCUUCGCUGAUAACGAACUUACAAUGUGAGACGGGGUAUUAACAGCAGUCGCUUCUAAUGGACAAUAAAGUGAAGUCAGGCACAACUGUACGCAUCAGCCUGAUUUGGUGCGGCUGACGGGUGUCAGCGACUCUGUCCGUGGAGGCAAAUCGAAGAAGCAGCUAAGAAAGAUACAACAAAGGAUAGCAGACUUACAGCGUUACGUGGGUUAUCCUCGGACCUAAAGGCAAUAAACAGCACAAGUAUCAUCGCUGGUGACAGGCAAUCGAUUACUUCGAGUUUACACAACUUCUAAUAACUAUGCGAGACUAGCCAGCAAAUAACGUUAAGGUUGGCUGCUAUAUAUCAUAGAAUAUAGAUUUCUUCAAUGACCAGCCAAAUGUUCGUGGAAAUUAAAACGGCCUUGUCAUUAUUGCCGUUUAAAUAUUCGUAGUAAAUAGAUGCUCCAAACUUGUGAAAUCAGGUGACUUAGAUUAGAUUUUUAUUAUUCUUGUGCCCAUUGAAAUUGGCCGUUUAGUCGCUCAGUAAUCCAGCGCAACUAAUUCAUGUGUUAUGUGACUGCUGGCUGGUGGAUUUGUACAAUAAUGGGUUCGCUGUACACAAAACAAACGGAAGCCUAUUGCUAUAAUCGGCGGGUUGUGGUACCGCUGCUUCAGCUGCUACCGAUAAUGCGAUGCAAUAACCUUCACAACAACAAGAGCGUCAACAUGCUACAGUUCGCGACAGUCAUUGCUACUGCCGCAGUAGAGGAUAACGCCCGGUGACUGUGAUCAAGGCUUAUCGGGGAACAAGCCGGUAUUCUUGCAGCGACAAAAUAGGAUAAGAUCGGAAUCCGUGGGGCGCCGUGUCCCCAGGUGGGUGUGAGUGCAAGUGGGUGAUUGUGUUGGUGGCGCUAGUGACGUUCACCGGUCAGUUACAACGGAAAAUCUUCGAAAUGUUCCGGCUCAAGGGGAUACUCCUCAUCGGAAGCGUUAUGCUAAUGGCCACAUCAGAACUGGGCCCCCAUCAAGUUGGAGCGGUCGCCCUCGCCGGCAAAGUUCGAACUGGUAGAAAUCCUGUUGCCUUUACUGGAUCACAUCGGCAUCCUCAGCAGCGGGCAAAUGCUGACCUCGACAUCGGCGUAAUAUCGCACUCACUGCUACCGCAGACUUCGUCGCAGCAAUUGAGACGAAGAGGCGCCAACGUGAACUCCCCCAGUGGAACAAGUGGGUCUGGCAACAACAGGCUGAUCUUGCGUUCAGUGGCUACUGGGGGGAACAGUGAACGCAAUGUUGGUGCCCCGUUAGCCUCGUUUUCGGCUUUGGGGGACACUGACCAAACGGGAGGCACAGGCAGGGGUGGUGGUAGUGUCAUUCGUGGCCACGGCGAAUACAGUAUUGCUCUGGGUACAUCUGGCGGAGGAGGCCCCAAUUUUAACACUGCUGCUGCUGCCGCCAGUGGACCAGGGGGAGCUUUUCCAGCAUUUGACAGUUCCGCGAUGGAUGAAGUCAUCACGGCGGUGAUUGGCAAGCCUGCGUUUCUACCCUGCGCGGUUACUAAUCUCGGCGAUAGAACGGUGUCGUGGAUUCGACGUAAGGAUCUAAAUGUUUUAAGCGUUGGACUAGCACGAUACACCCAGGACCCGCGAUUUAGCGUCAUACACACAGCAGGCUCAGAUCUUUGGACGCUUCAGCUGGCUUAUCCAACGGCUGACGAUUCUGGCGUGUACGAAUGUCAAGUCGGCACGCUACCUAAAAUCAGCCGACAAGUCACCCUUAAUGUCAUAGCGCGAAGUGCUAAAAUCUCCGGCGGCCCACAGCUGUACGUCAACACGGGCAGCGUGCUCAAUUUGACGUGCGUACUCAGUGGAGAUGGUAUCUUGGCCUACGUGGGGCAUCAUAAUAAAAAUCAUACCAACCAACAUCAGCAGCAUCAACAAAACCAGCUGAGUGGCGGGUCGCUCGCAAGCACUAAACGAUUGGACGAUUUGUCGGGAAGUGGUCGAUCUAGCGUAAACAAAGCAAAAGAUCAUACAAACAGCAUAAGCAGCAGUUCCGGCAGCGGAAGUAGGGCCCGAAAAAACAGUAAAGAAGGGAACGUGUUUCAUGUGUUUUGGUACCACAACGGAGCGGUCCUUAACUAUGAUCGAUCGGCAAGGGUGCAUAGGUUUCGACACUGGCGGCUGGCUAGGCGUUGGGGAUUAUGCCUAAACUACUAAUACAUACAAACACAUUGACACAGAAGUUAGUCAAGCAAAGGGCACAAUGCUUUAGUCUGUAGCCUUUGGUAAUUAGGACGUCCCAGUGCAUGUCCAUAAUAGUACGACCCAAGUUCGGCGCAGCAUUCCGUUGGUCUUGCGCAUUUGGGCUGCGGCAUUGCAACAGCUGGUAUUUGAUUGCAUUAUAUGUGAUGCUGUGUGUCAAAACAGACGGCUACUCAAAGGGAGUUUUGUGUGAAAUAUGAAUCAAGUUACAUACGAAUGACAAGGCGCGUUGGCUUGAUAAUGGUGUUUGCUGGUUAUUUCAUAAUCUCUACCAUGUGCAGGUGUAGAAGUGUUAAGGCUUAACCAAAAAGUGGCCUAAAUGAAAGCAACACCGAUCUUACUUUGUUUGCCUAUAACUGCUUGCCCACUGACUGAUUCCACAAAGACGAUCCUACAAUUACGCUAAGGUAAUUGAAAUAUGCACUUUAUACUGUUGCAGCUCAAUGGGCAUUUGUCCGAAUUAAUAUUCAACUAUACAUACACGCACACCCGCGAAUUUAUAAAUAACGUGUGGUUGUGCCUUUUAAACCCCUUAAACGGCCAGCGGGCGCCAUGUUGAGUAGCACUAACAUAAGUGGCCGUUAACAUGUCUGAGCACCCAAACUUAUUAUUAAGUUCGUUUUGCUAUCGUCGAACGUUGUCCGCCUGUCAAUUCGCCUAUUCUUUCUGAUUAUUUUAAGCUUCACAUUUAGCUUUUUCACUCUGCUGCGUCCAUUGAAUCUUCAGAGUUGUUGUUGUUGUCUCCCCCGACGUCACCACGGCUGUUGAUGGGUAUGGCUGCGGUGGCUAAAGUGGUGCUAAUCGUUGUGCGGGUAGUAUCAUAGCCUCGUUUCUCUUCUGGUUCCUUUGUAAACUUCGCCAGCUGGGCCUGAUAGCCUUCUGACACCGCAACCGUGCGGGAAAAUGAGGCCUAACCACAGGCCAAGCAGAAAGCGGCAAGAAAAGUACUGCGGGACACUGGCGAGGUACCAGAUACGAUUGGCUGUUUAAUGGCCGUCGGUUACCAACGGGUGCCGUGAGCCCCAACGGCCUCGACAAGGCCGACAAACGGUGCCGUCAAUGACACCAAUAGAAGCAGCAACAGUCUUAGCCAGGCGAAUGCAGAUAGACAAAAAGACGGGAGCAUAACGAACAGCAGUUUUUUUUAACCCUGGUAAAAACGACCUGCUGUGGGCCUGUAGGAGUAACUGUGGCAAAGAUAGAAGCAGACGACGCCUUCCGAGUGCUACUUGAAAAAGGAGGCUUGGCACUGCUGCUUUCGAAUAGCAUCGGAAUGGCAUCGCUGGCAAAUGUGGGGCAGUGGGGUUCUGCCAUCGUUGCCGCGGCUGUUACUUCUUUGACUGAUGUUGGCGCUGUUCGGCAGUACUUUGGCAGUACUGGCCUGGUGGCGUCCUAAAAUGAAACGAUAAGUAAAGGCCGUUUACGACCGAAGCAAACCAGACUUAUUUCACUUAGGGUUGAGACUGUGUGGACUCUAAGGAGAAUCAGGGUUAUAAAUGAUGGUGGAGGGGUAACGCAGCGAGAUAAGGUCAAAUAAUACUUAGUGCGGUCAGAUCGAACCAAUCAAGGAACGAGACUGAAGCAGGGCUGGUUUCAGAUCGUGCCAGUUUUCUCUUUGUUUUUUGGCGUCAUUCACGUGUGUGUACUGAGCAUCAAAGCAAUAUCGGCAAACGCGUAAACAAAUAUUAUCGAAUAUUUUUUUAUGUUAACGCAACGUACAAUUUGUGCAGCUUUUGUUGCACUGGGUGUAGCGGA